AUGACAAUGCCAAAUGCCUCUGCCGCCACAGCUACACAAGAUGGGGAGGAGGAAAGCGAUCUUACCGCGCAUGCGUCAGAUGCCGCCGCCGGAAGACAAAAUGCGAUCUGUCGUCUUAGUGGUGGCAUCGGAGAGCCAAGAAAGAUCCCUUGCGUGUCUUGUUUUGAAUCGGAUAGUGAGUGCGUGCUGGCUGAGUCCCGCCGAGGUGGGAAUUUUCGGAGAUAUGAGCCGAGCAAGAAACCCACAAAGAGUCGCAAGGCUUCACAGCCCACCUCAGACGCGCCGACGAGAACGACCAGGUCAAUUGAGAAGGAGUUGGAUCGUAACUUCGAUGUGUUAAAUGAAGAAAUUAUUGACGAGCAACUCGCCUCCGAGCUUAGGAAUCCUUCAGAUGCCCUACAUAUACUCGCCCAAUCGGAGAAGUCUAAAGAGAUGAUAUCAUCUGUAUUGCCAAGCGAGGAGGGGCGCGAUGUUCUUUUACGUGGACCAUCGAAUGCUGUAUUUGUUGACGAGUAUGAGCUAGUUCAGAGGGGACUAGUUCAUCAUAGCAACAUAUCCGAGUUGCUGCACCUAGACUCCACAAACCAUUCCCUCAUCCAUCGAUAUUGUUGGGAUUACACCCAGAAGCUGCUGCUUGAGGUGCUUCUAGGGCAUCCUUGGAUACUGAGAUCCCGAACAGUUGAGAGUCUGUUGUUGUUAUCGGAAUGGCUUCCCCACAUUGAAUUAACGCAAUCGGCCUCGAACGAAAACAAAAGCAUGUUUAUUGAAGAUAGAACAUCGUGGUCACUCGUCGGCCUAGCUGUCCGACAAGCCUACCUGAUGCGCCUGGAUCAAGGCGCCUUUCCCAAUGUUGUUGCACAGGAGACAAAGGAACAGGCGGAACACAAACGGUUAAUAUGGACAUAUCGACAAAUAUCUGUUCGCUUGGGCCAGUCCUUUUGGUCCCGCGGCCCAUCUCUUUCAACACGCUUCACUGCAAAGGACUUUCCUAGCUUACAGCCUACCUCCAAUGGUGGUCAAGAAGAUUAUGCCUCUGCUCACCAAGCAAUCAUGGAGCUGACACAGCUCAUGCAUAACGCUCAAGCCAUCCUAUACUCCUCGCCGAAGCGGACGUUGGCAAUGGUCCAUGAUGGAGAUUACAGUCGCUAUCUUGACGAUUUCCAACGCGCAGCAAUGAAUUGGCAUGCUACUUGGAGCGAUCUUACAGUAUCUCUCAAAGUGAAGUGUUCUUUAUCUCUGGCUUACGAAUACCUGUGCCUUUAUGUAAACGCAUUUUCGUUCCAAGCUGUUCUCACCAGAAUGUCGGCGCACAAUACCUCAAUUAAAUCGUCUUCCAGGCCAUUUGCUAAAGGCAUCAUGAAUUCUCCUGACGGGCGAUACGUUUGGGAUGCUAUUACAGCGGCCACAAAUACCCUGAAAUUGAUGACUGAUUUCAAUCCCCGACAAGAGUUAUGCUAUUUACCAUAUCGCUACUACUUAUAUGGUGUUUAUGCGGCAGUUUUUCUGCACAGGGCAGAUCGCGCUGGAGCUUUUCAACCCUCACGACGCCGUCAAGAAACCGCGGCGUUGGUUCUCAACUUCAUAUCAGUAUUAGACGGGGCCGCAUCAGAUAAAUUCCACAUCAGUCACAGAUAUAGUCAACUGCUUAGGAAUCUAUGGCAGAUGGGAGAGCGAAACAUUGACAAAGUUCGAGACGCGCGAGCUACUUCUACAUCGACUAUCCAGACCAGGACAACACAACGGUUGCGAAAUUCAGAUCCACUACAUGCUACUCGCACUCCGCUUGAUCAUUCUCCUGAGUGCCACGGCAUAGGAAAUUUUGAUGGCACCGAUUUGUUAAUUGACCAAGUUGCAACUUUGAGCCAAGACCUUUCCGAUAUACCACCAAUGGAGGAUUACCCGUUUGGACCCUUUAUCAACAUACCAGACUUCGAGCUGGGAGAUUUCGGGAACCCUAUAAGUGAUAUGCAGCUUCCAUCGCUCAACUGGGGAGCAAGUCUUAUUGGAAUGGAUACUAUUGGGCAAUGAUUCUUUUGUUACCUUCCUCGUCUGAAGUCAAGCAUGACGAUAUAACAGCUGAUUCCGGUCGAAAAAGAGUGCAAGUUGGAUGAAAUCGGCAGAAGGUAGUUUCUGAUACUAUAAUGCAUGGAGAAGGAGUAGACAUAUAGCAUAUUAUAUGCUACCACAUAGUUCUCUUUGGCAUUGCUGAGAAUUGAAGGCGAGCUUAUUAAAACGAGAGCACGGAGUCGGCCUAUACAAUAAUCACCAUGCAUAAACAACUCCACUAUCUAGUACCUUUAUGUUUCUUC